UCCAGUGGCAAAAGCGAAACAACAAAAAAGACAAACUAUACACAAACAAACAAGAUGAAAUAUAAUUCACGCGCAUCCAUAUUCACCUCCCAUCACUUGAGAUCAGCACUUGAAAUAGCGGCCACGUGACAAGGAUCAGUGAAAGGAGCCUGAUGCCUAUUAUUUUCCUCCACAUGCUGUCUGCGCUUCGCCUCGGUCACAGUGAACUUUGGCAAAGCGCUCUGUGGAUGCAGGCAGGAGUCGCUCCUCUCGGGCACUGCUGGCACGCGCUGUGGAUGCGAAACAACCGCAAGGUGACUGUUUGAGGAAGCCAGAUGCUACUGGGAAAGACAGGCUUGUUUAAAAAUCUAACGCCAAGUAUGACGUACUGUGGAUUUACAAUUAUUAAAACAUCCUGUAAUGAAAUAUGGAAGCGAUGAGGAACUCCACAUACCCACUUAGUUUGGGAUAAGCUCAUGUGCCAUGGGAUAUUAUGACAGGGCUGGAAUAAUGCCAGUUUAGCUCUGCAUGAACUUCAGAGUUGUCAAAACCAUAUGUGGAUAUAUGUAGCGGAAUAUAUCUGAACAAGACAUCGUGGCAUAACUUUAUGAGAAGAGAUAGUCAUUAUUUGGGUGGAUUGAGAGGGGCAAAGGGGCUAUGGUGAACUCAUCCCCAGCGGUCGCUGCUCACGCAGAGGGUGAAGAGAUCGAGGUGCUAGAGACCACCGAUGUCCUUCCUGCAGCUCCAGAGGAUCAAUGGAAGUCUCUUUUUGACAAGCAUGACCCAGAGAAUUCAGGCUGCAUUAGUACUGAGCAUUUCCGAGACCUGCUUAAGGCUUAUGGAUCAGAACUAGACCCCCACAAGCUAGAAGUUCUUAUUGCCCUGGCUGAUGGAAAUGCUGAUGGAAAGAUCUGCUACCAGGAUUUUGUUAACCUGGUGAGUUCUGCAGAUGAACUUGAGGUGAGCAACAAGCGUUCAAACAGUUUCCGUCGAGCAAUCCUUCAGGGGAGUCGGCAGCUCAGGAAUUCGGCACUGAGAGAGGAAGUGGGAUUGGGUCUGUCUCAGAGACUUGUGCGUCACGUUGCCUAUGAGACUUUGCCAAGAGAGGUGGACCGCAAGUGGUACUUUGACAGUUACAACUACUGUCCACCACCAUGGCUCAUGCUGGCCAUCACUAUAGCAGAGGUUAUUGUGUUUAUGUAUUAUGGAUUACAACUUAACUGCUGGGUUCUGCAAGUCUCAUCACCAUACUUCCUGAAGAGCCCAUUGCCAUAUCACCCGCAGCUCAGAGUUCAGGCCUGGCGCUACCUUAGCUACAUCUUCAUGCAUGCAGGAAUUGAACACCUGGGUCUAAACAUGGCCAUGCAGCUUUUAGUGGGUGUGCCAUUAGAGAUGGUCCACGGAGCUUUAAGAAUAGGCCUGGUGUAUGUAUGUGGCAUACUGGCAGGUUCAUUGGCUGUGUCAGUGGCUGACAUGACAGCACCCGUGGUCGGUUCAUCAGGCGGAGUCUAUGCUCUGGUCUCUGCCCACCUAGCCAACAUUGUCAUGAACUGGUCAGGCAUGAAGUGUCAGUUCAAGCUCUUACGCAUGGCAAUGGCUCUAGUGUGCAUGAGUGUGGAGUUUGGUCGUGCCGUUUGGCUUCGAUUCUAUCCCCCAGCCUUCCCGCCAAGCCCUAAUCCCAGUUUUGUGGCCCAUCUGGGGGGUGUGGCAGUGGGCCUCACCCUUGGCAUUGUGGUUCUUCAGAACUAUGAACAGCGAUUGCAGGAACAGUCCUUGUUCUGGAUCUUCUUCAGUGUCUACUCACUCUUUAUCCUCUGUGGAAUCUUCUGGAACAUUUUUGCUUACAGUCUCUUGGAUGUCAAGUUACCUCCGCCUCCAUGAAGCCCAGAGUGUG